AUGUCAACGACCCUCAUCGAUUUCUCAGAAACCCCCCUGUCAAGCAACUACAGCGGCUUCUACGCAAAAAUCUUGGACGACGUAUUCAGCCUCGAAGAAUGCAAAGAACUUGCAGGCCUGGUGGGGGAUUGGGAACCAGCAGGACUCAGCGCUGAAGGGCCGACACAAACAGUUCACAAAGAGUUUCGAAACAGCGACCGUUGCCUCGUCUUCAACCGUGAGGUUGCGGAGAUGGUUUAUCAACGGCUUCGUCCUCUGGUCGAGGAAAUCCACCGGAUUGAGCCCACAAGUCAGUUUGGCUUGAUCAUCGGGAAAGCUGGAAGGAAGCAAGGCCCCACCUACGAACUCAUUGGGGUCAAUGAAAGGCUUAGUUUCCUCCGUUAUGGACCGGGACAUUACUUCAAGCCUCACUGCGAUGGUUUGAUAGAACUCGAGGACAACGAGCCCAAGCGAAAGUCGUUUGUUACACUCCACCUCUACCUCAACGACGCUGGGCUCGAAGGUGGCGCAACGCGUUUCUGGACCCCAAACAAGAAGCAUUUCCUGGACGUGGAACCCAAGGUCGGCCGGGUGCUAGUGUUCCAGCAAAGAAUGUUGAUCCAUAGUGGCGAGGAGGUGUCACAAGGGGAGAAGUAUACCAUGCGAAGCGACUUUCUAUUCCAACAGACAUCGUAA